AUUGUGUGAGACAAGACGUAACGUUACAUUUUGGCGGCAUUGCUCUAAGCCACAGAAAUAGAUUUCUUGUGCAAUAAUCGGCAUGUACUAGUCCGUUUUUAAUUUACAUUUGAACUUGUGCAGAGCGCUGGAUUUACUUAAGGUGUUUAAACAUGCGGAAGUGAUUGUGUUAUAAUUUAAAUAGUGUGAAUAUAUUCUAAUAAUGGAGAACCCGACGGUUAGCGAAUUGAGGUCAAGGUCCCGGUCGAAAACACCCUUCUUACGUUCCAGUUGCGACCGUGAGAACUGUACUGAGGGUGAAGAACACGUACACCAUAAAUCUGGAAGGAAAACUCCUAUAAAAAGGAGUACUCCGAUCAAACAAAUUGAAAAGACGGUGGAAAUGGUACAGGAGGUAGAAGAAGAAUCCCCCCCGGCGCACCGCACAAGACAUUCAACGCGACAGUCGGAAAAGCUCAUAAAAACAUCUGAUUACUCCUCAGAAGAAAGCUUAGACAGACUAAGGGGACACAGAAAAGAAAUUUACCAGAACGAGAUCAAUAGUCAGUAUGAGCGCGUGUCAACGAGCUCGCAACUGUUCAGCACGCUCGCCGACGUCACACUCAGCCCCAUUCACACGUCGCAUAACGUGACGCAAGACAGGUCGACUCGUUUCAGCAGCCCUGCGUACAGCGCGUGCUCUACGGAUAGCUCGUUCGCUGAACAAGCGUUGGCCGACGCUAGCGUUCUGCUCGACCGCGAACCUACCACCGACCACCUUCCCUACCGUCUGUACAAGAUGGCUGGAGAGUACUGGAAUAAAUACCCCAAAACGGACUACACAUAUUCGCCGCUGUCGCGCGACCGAGUGGAGCUGGCUCCAGGGCAAGUCGCGGUGCCGAACAUGUCUAGACGUUCCCUAUCCCAGUUCCGGAUCCAAGGUCCAAACACAGUCGACGAACCGGAUAUACCCGCGACUACCGUGUGGAAAACUAGCUCCGUCCGAAAGAGGUUCACCGCGAUAGACAGCUCAGAUGACGAAUCGUACAUCCGUAACGGUGCCUACAAGAGAGCUGAUGAUCGGUGGUGGAUCACUCGACUAGUAUCUGCUAUUGUGGCUACUAUUACGACUACCACUAGCAACGCUUAUAGAAAAGUUGUUGGACCGUCCCAUCGAUACCCAUACACUGAUAGAAGACCAGCAAGAAGUGGACUUGUUUCACGAACAGCAUCUGUAGCUACCGCACCUUUCCUUUGGAUCUACACCAUUAUAAAGACCAUCGUUACAACUGUCACUGAAACUAUAACAUCGAGCCAAUCAGAUCAAAAUGAGAAGUUUGUGGGAAGGUACAAAGAGAAAGCCGUUGUUAAACGACGUUUGUGGCCGUGGUUACUGCUGCUGUUGUUGCCAUCGCUCGGAUAUGGCUAUUACAGCUACAAAGAGAAUAUUCCCAAUGUUAAUUUUAACAUUUUCGCUAAGGACAAUAUCGUCGAUACUUAUAAACCUCCAGAGAUAGUUCAAGAUACUGAUUUGUCGAAACGCGUCGCUGCUCUAGAGAAUUGGGCGUUAAACGUCGACACGCGUCUCAAAUUCUUCGACCAAAAACUGUCAAAGUUCGACAAUCUAGAAGCUCAAAUCGAGCAGUAUUCGUUCAGACACAUGCAGCAAAAUCUCGUAACUAUUUUAAGUAAUAACGACAACAGUGACGCAAUAGCCGCCAAGUUGAAGCAACACUUCGACAAGAGCUACGUUACAAAUGAACAAUUGCAAUUAAUGAGUCAAGAGAUACACGAACGGUUAAUUAGUUCCUGGAAACCAGAAAUUAAUGAGGAUAGUAUACGUCGAAUAGUGCAAGAGUAUCUAUUGUCAAUAGAGAGGCGACAAAUGGAGGUGAUUGUAGAAAAAGUUAAGGAAUAUAUAAGGGAAGUUGAAACCCGACCAGUAGAAGUUAGGACUGAAGUGGACUAUGAGGCUAUAAAGAAGUUGGUGGCUGGCAUGCUUGAAGUUUAUGACGCUGAUAAGACAGGAUUAGUUGACUACGCUUUGGAAUCCGCUGGGGGUCAAGUGAUCUCGACCAAGUGCACGGAGCUAUACCAGAUCAAGACGAAGCAGUACUCGGUGCUGGGGCUGCCGGUGUGGUGGGUGUACACGUCGCCGCGGUACGCGCUGUCGCCCGGGGCCAUGCCGGCCGAGUGCUGGGCCUUCCAGGGCUUCCCGGGCUACUUGGUAAUAAGGACAUACGCGAUUAUCGAAGUUACUGGUUUCUCCCUGGAACACAUGUCCAGGCUGCUAGCAGUUGAGGGGAAAAUCGAAUCAGCACCUAAAAACUUCUCUGUCUACGGUUUGCACGGUGAAAUGGACCCAGAUCCUCAUCUAUUUGGUGAAUAUAUGUACGAUGCAAACGGCACAUCAAUACAGUACUUCCCUGUGAAAUAUCCCAAGACGAUAAACAUAGACGGAGUAGAAUAUCCAGUAGCAUAUGACAUAAUUGAACUGAGGGUUGAAAGUAAUCACGGGAACCCUACAUACACCUGUGUCUACAGAUUUAGGGUACAUGGGAACCCUCUCAGUGACAUACGUAAAGCGACAGAAGACAGCAUAAGAGAUAGUGAAUCUUAACAAAAACUUUAUGGAAAACAAUCUGACGUGUGUGCUUGUGUGUUAUAAGAGUGUUAAGAACAUCUGAAAUCAAUUAGUGUCCAAUGAAUUUUUUAAACUAUUCAGUAUGUUAACUAAAUGUGGCCUUAAACUACAGUUAAUUUUAGAAGUCUGAAGUACAAAAUGUGUUGUCUGUAUAAUAAUAUUUAUGUAAUAGUAACUUAGACUGAGAUUUGUGCAAUGAACUGACAAAAUACCAACAUUCGAUUCUAUAACUACUCGACUUACACAACUUUCUAUGACUAAAUUUUUAAAUUGAUGUGUUGUAUAUUUACUUGUGUUACAAUUUAUAGUUGUUUCAAAUGCAUAAAUCUCAUAACAUAUAAUAUUAGACUAUUUCUUUGAAUCUGUUGAAGACCCGCACAACACCAGUUAAUACGCUUAGUUGUUCUGAGUACUUUAUAUUGAUAUAUGUAUGUAGGUUUUAUUAUUUUAAGUUUUGAUUCAAAUUAAGUUCUUAUUAGUUAUAUUUUAAUGUUUUAACAACAAGGAUCUAUAAGUCUAUUACACGAAGUUCAUAAUCACCACAAGUUUAUAAGUAUGUUUUUAAAGCUAUCAAUAAUUGACAGGUAAAAAAUAAUCAUGCACUAAAUAACACUUAAAAAAUAUACCAUUUGUUCCUACAACCACUCAGUUUAUUGACAAACCCAAUACUGGUAAUAAAAAAAAUAAUUUGUUCUGAUCGUAUUUUAGGCUUGUCGAUCCUUAAUUUAUUUAAAUUAGGCUUAAUGAAGGAGCUAGUCCAGUUAGACGUUAGUAAAUUUUAUGGCAACUUAAUUUUUAACGUUUUUUGUUUGUCUCAAACUAACAUAGUUUUAAAAUGAACCCAACGUCAGUGCUGACUUGAAAAUCUUGAAUAUAAAUUAAGUAUACUUUUAAGUUCGUAGUUGAGUUGCUUUUGCACAAAUCAACAAUCAUUUUUUGCAAUAUUUUUUUGCUUUUUUCACAUUCCUUUCAAUUUUUUGUGAUCCAACACGUGGCUAUUUCUAUGUUUGAAAAACUUACGUAAUUGGAAUCAUAUACAUAUAUAUUUUUUAACUAUACUUUGAUAAUGUUUUUUUUUUGUGUUUUAUAAAUUUAACCAGUAUAGUUUGGUUUUUAUAAAUGCAUGAAAACAAUUCAACCAACAAGAACAAGCAAUUCCAAAGAACAACAGCAAUCGACUCUUAUUUUGACGUUUUGUUUUAUUAUUGCAAAUUUUAUGUAUAUAAAGCUGCGCUUAUAAUAUAUUUAUAUUUACCAAAAUACAUAAAUUAAUUGCACUUUUAUUACAUUUAUAAUUUUUUUAAGUUUGAAAAUUGGUAACAUACACACAGCUUACAGUUUCUAAACCGUCUAAUUUGUAAAGUCAAUAUUAGAAAUUCUGAAAUAUUUUCAUUUAUAAUUCUACGCUCUUAAGCAAACUAAAAUUGUCUUCAAAAACAAAUCAAGUAAAGUUUUCGAAGAACCCUAUUUAUGAAUUUUUAUGUAGUUCAUUCAUAUAUCGUUAAUUUAAACCUAAUUAGUUACCACUUUUAAUGUUUUCAAUAACCUCACAUUUUAAACAUUUUUGUAACAGAAUUUUAAUCAUCGUCUAAUUAACAAUGACAGCUAUAAAACUAUUUUUAACUAUUUAUUAUAUAACGUGUGAAUUAUAAGGUAAGGGGUAACUUCUAAAGUAGUGACUUGAUGUCGACAAAGUAUUAAAUAAAAAAUUUACACAGAAGUUUUCAGUUGAUAAAUUUUGAAAAAUUAUACAGUACAUUGCUUGCUUCGUUUACUAACCAUGAUAUUUUUUCUAAACAUAUUUGUCGAUAUUUAUUUUAAACCUCACUAUUUUAUACUGAAAUAUCCAAGAAAUUGUAUCUGUAAAAAUACUUUUAAUUAUGUCGAAAUAUUUGUGAUGUUCGUAAUAAAAUCCAAAACUA